AAGAAUGGACCGUUGUUGCCUGUUUGUGAUUUCUGGAUUUCUGCUGAUUGUCGCACUACACACGACCGGGGCGAGCUUGUUGAACACGAACCAGGAUCUGGUGGUGCAGUUCGGAACGUACGAUGCAAAGUUCCAGCAGUGCUUCUACCAGAAGCUUUACUCCGGCAUGAUCAGCCCGCAAAGUGUGACGUUUAACAAUCCGGCGGCGAAAGCGAUAAAGUACGUUAUUGUGGAAUCGGAUCAGAAGAUUGAUCUCGGCGGUAUAGCGGCCUCGAUCACGGCGGGCACGGUCGGUGACAGCAAGGCGAUCACGGUUCAGGUAAACACCUCGCCGAACACGAUCAAAUUCCUGAACAAUUUCACGGUGAAAAUGUACUGCGAGAAAUAAAGUAGUUUAUGUAGUUCGUUAUAA